AUGGAUGGGCUGAUCAGGACGGUGGGGCAGAAGUUUCCCUUUACUAUAGAAAAUAUACUGAGCAAAUACCCAAGCAGCAGUGGAGAUAAGUAUGGACCAAGUGAAGUAAAGGAGAAGAUGGCAGCUCUUGCCGGCAGUCAUACAGAGGCUGUCCAUCACGCCUGUCUGUGUUGCUGCUACUGCUCCCAUUGUGCAGAUAUCUUCCAGACAGACCUCAUUCAUGAAGCCUGUCAGUACGGAUGGAGCCCAGCGCUGCUCUCAGACCAGUGCAGGCUGGGGGAUGCUCACAGGGAGGAGCCGUCACUCGGUCAGGUGCAGAGACGGACCAGGCGGCACCGGACUAUUUUCACAGAGGAACAGCUGGAUGCACUGGAAGAGCUGUUCCUUCAAAACCAGUAUCCAGAUGUGAACACGAGGGAGAAACUGGCACAGCAUGCUCACUUAAGAGAAGAGAGAGUAGAGGUUUGGUUUAAAAACCGAAGAGCGAAGUGGAGACGUCAGAAAAGACUCUCAUUUGUGGUGGGAAAUGCAGACAACUGA